GUGCAGGGGGCGGAGGUGGAGCCCGCCGCGCUGCCAGGACAAGCCACAGUUGACGUGCUUGAGGCCUGGACUGAGUGAGCUCCGCACGCGGAAAACUUCUUCGGGCCAUCCCGCCAGUCCGGAUGCAGCGCCACGUCGCGUGAUGAAGCCGCCGCAGGAGGCGAUGCUGGUCCCGACGACGGCACCGCUACUGGCACUGGCACUGCUCGUCUGGCACGCGGCCGCCCUCUGUCCGGCGCAGUGUCACUGCAACCACACGGCGCUGACGGUCAGCUGCGAGCGCGGCCGGCUUGAGCACUUCCCCAUCCAGCUGAACCCGCGCGUCGAGCGGCUCUCGCUCGCCGGCAACAGGAUCGCUCGGCUGCGCGGCUCGUUCGACUACUACACCCGCCUCGUGUCGCUCAACCUCAGCCGCAACGCCGUCAGCCAGCUGGCCGAACAGACGUUCGAGCACCAGCGCCGGCUGGUCGAGCUCGACCUGGGUGACAACCUGCUGACCGAGCUGCGCCGCCGCACGCUGGCCGGCCUGCGGCGCCUGACCAGCCUUUCGCUGGCCGGCAACCGGCUGGCGCGGCUGGAGAACGGCGCGCUCGACGACCUGGCCGGCCUGAGGCGGCUCGACCUCAGUCGUAAUCGGCUGACCUCGCUGCUGCGCCAGCUGGCCACCGUCGGUGAGCUGCGCCUCUGCAACAACCAGCUAGCGGCGCUGCCGGCGCCAGACGGCGCGCCGCUCUCCGGAACGCACACGCUCGACCUCUCCGGCAACCGACUAACGGAGGCGCGCGGGCUGGCCGCGCUGCGCGGUCUGCACCGGCUCGACCUCAGCGGCAACCGGCUGCUGACGCUGGCCGCCGCUGCGCCGCCACCCAGCCUGCGUCAGCUCGACAUCAGCAACAACCGGCUGGCGGCGCUUCCCGGCGACACGCUCGCCGGCCUGCCGCUGCUCGAGGAGCUGCGCCUCUGCGACAGCCCGCUGCUGGCCAGCGUCGCCGCUGAUGCCCUGGCCGGCUGCCCGCACAACCGGCUGGAGGGCGUACCGCAGCCACCGGCCGCCGCCAACCUCAGCUGGCUGGACGCGCGCGGCAACCAGCUGCGCUGCAACUGCUCGCUGCUGUGGCUGCGCGCCGCUGUGGACGGUCUGCGAGUGCCGGACGUGCUCGUCCAAAGCCGCUCGGCGCGCCACCAGGACUUCUCGCGGGCCGGCGGCGGCGCCGCGCCCGACCUGUGCCACCCGCGGUCGCGCGAGCGCCGGAAACGCAGCCCCUCCAGUCCUGACAUCUGGCGGCCCAACCCGCAGACUGUCGGCCGCCGAACCGGCGCUAGCCAAGCGGUGUCGGCUACGUCCGUCAGCGGCCAGUUUACUGAGCAGACGAAGGAUGGAAUCCAUUACAUUCCAGUAACCGUUGUGUGA